GUGCGUGCAGGUGGAUAAGCGGAUAGAAAUCCCAAACACUUCACCCCCACGUAGAAACCUUCAAGAACAUGGCUUCAAUCUCCACCUUCCCCAUAUUUCACUCCGUUUCUCGCCCUGCUACUGCAAAUCCAACUCCAUUUCCCAUUUUCAGAUCUUCAAUCUCUCUUCACACCUCCUCCAACUUCGCCGUCUCCGCCGCCUCCUUCAGGCAUUCGGCGGUUUAUGGCCACAGGCAGUCACGCGGCCUGAAAAAACGGAGGGCGGUCGAAGGGGAGGCUUCUGUUCCAGAGCAAGAAGUUGAAGGAGAAGAGACGCCGGCGGUCACCGUGUCCGUCUCGCCGUCUGAUAUGCUCACCAUGUUCUUUCAGGCAGAGGGGACUCUAAAUGAAUCAGCUAUUCCUUCUGUAACUGAGGCGUUGGAGCAAACUGAGGGUGCCACUGCAUUAAAGGUUCAAGUUGUUGAGGGCAUUGCAUCUGUUGAGCUCACAAAGCAAAUAACAAUACAAUCGACCGGAGUAGCCUCGAGCUUGAUCGAGACCAUACAAAGCGCAGGUUUCAAGUUACAAACGCUAAAUCUGAGUUUCGAGGACAAUGAAGAAGUUUUUGUUUAGGUACUCGUGAUUGUGAUUGUUAGAGUUGGAGAGGGAAAGAGAGAAAAAAAAUGGAGAGAGAUAGGGAUAAUAGGAGGCUAUUUAAGAGCUCCAUUGAUCAUGUCAUGGAAGGUUGGACUAUGGGGAUUACAUUCUUUGAAGUAAAAUUUAAAUGAGCCAUUUGCUUUGAAACCAA